GCAGAAAGCAGAGCUUUCAAUCCGUUUCCCUGACCACAUCUCCAGAUAUGUGCAAGAGAGACAGGGGACGGUGUGCAGGCGGCAACAGACGUGAAUACGUGUAUACGGGACAUUGAGUAGCUUCUGCCGGUUUGUGUCUAGUUUCGCUCACCAUUAAGAUGGGAUCACAGGUCACUGGAUUGGAGGAAAGUACAUAUUACCCACUGACAGCAGAACUGCUCAACGCUAGCGCAGCGCCGGGGACCGAGAACGCUCCGUCGAGGAAAGAACUGAGUCCCGGCUUGAAGAUUAUAGUAAGCAUCGUUAUGUCAGUGAUUGUGGUGGUGAUAGUCUUUGGAAAUGUCCUGGUGAUCACGGCGAUCGCCAGGUUUCAGCGACUGCAGACCGUCACCAAUUAUUUUAUCACGUCGCUGGCUUGCGCGGACCUGGUGAUGGGACUGGUGGUCGUUCCCUUCGGGGGCGUUCGCAACAUCACGGGAGUGUGGUACUUUGCAAACUUCUGGUGCGACUUUUGGACUUCUCUGGAUGUGCUCUGCGUGACGGCGAGCAUCGGCACUCUGUGCGUGAUCGCCUUGGAUCGCUACCUGGCCAUAACGUCGCCUUUCCGCUACCAAGUGCUGCUGACCAAGUGCAAGGCGCGGCUGGCGGUGCUGGUGGUCUGGGUCGUGGCCGCCCUCACCUCCUUCCUGCCCAUCUACAUGGGCUGGUGGCGGCUGGACGACGCACAGUCCCUCAAGUGCUACGAGGACCCCAAGUGCUGCGAGUUCCUCAUCAACAAAGAAUUCGCCAUCACCUCCUCCAUCGUCUCAUUUUACUUCCCUUUGCUUGUCAUGAUCUUCCUCUACGCCAGGGUCUUUCAGGAGGCCAGGCAGCAACUGAAGAAGAUCAACAAAUGCCAGGGACGCUUUCACUAUCACAACAACAACUUGAACCUUGCCCCGGCUCCCAACGGGAAGGUGGCCAAAUCGGGGCAGAAAAGGACUUCUCGAUUCCUCAACCUGAAAGAGCACAAAGCGCUGAAAACACUGGGGAUUAUAAUGGGCAUUUUCACCCUUUGCUGGCUGCCAUUCUUCGUCGUAAACAUCGUCAACGUUAUCUUCAAGGACAGCAUUUCCAGCCCGGUCUUCACUUUCCUGAACUGGGUUGGCUACUCCAACUCUGCCUUCAACCCGAUGAUUUACUGCCGCAGCUCGGACUUCAGGCACGCCUUCAGGACGGUGCUGUGGGGCUGCCGGAGCAGUCUUCCCCCCACACAGCACGGCUGUGCCAUCGCGCUGCAAAGCGAAGAGCGGGCCGAGAACGGGUGUCCUGUGCACUGCAGCUUCGAAGGCACCGCGUCGGUCACUGGCACGCCACCGAAUGGCAGCCCCAACGCUAACGGGAAUGACCGAAAACUGUUGGAUUCGGUCAUAUAAAGCGCAAUGCUUCAUGAAGAAAAGUCAACCGGGCAGACAGUGGGACAGUGGGACAUGGUAACUUUGGAAGCAACACGUGUGUCCUGACCAUAUUCCGCUGUACUUUUUCCAUGCAUUCACCUACCUCAUUAUUGUGCUGGGGGGAAAAAACCAAUACCAUGCACUGUGGCAAUACCUACAGGAGAUAUAACCGGUUCAUGAAAGAAGAUGAGAGAUGCAUGUGUAUGAGCAUUAACAGUGAAUAUCUAAACGUUUACAACCAGCAUCGCACCUAUCAAUCACUUGAGCGUUAUUAUUCGCAGUGCUCACUUUUGUGAACGGUAAUCGGGUACACUGUUUGUGAGCUGCGAGCAACAUGACAGAACUUACAAAGGUUAAAUUAAGGAGAAGGAAAAGAGUGCAAUACUUGUACCGCGCGCGUUGAGCAAGGUUCCGGGGAAUCGCGGAGGUAAACGUGUUAACUGUGAUGGAGCAUCGCCCGGGUCUGUGAUGUUCACCGACCAGUUCUAUGUAUCUGUGGGAAAGGAGGCGGGAGGGAUUUACGUGCGAAUCGCGUAAGCUUGUGUUCGCGGGAUGAACCUGCCCCAGUGUGAAAUCCAGUGUCUAGAUGUAUCGUCGUUUGAUGGACCUCCUGUGUACAAUUAAGGAUAAAAAUAGGGAACCCCAUUUAUUUCUCCAUGAAUUUGUACACAAAACGCGAAGCAAACGCGCGCGUUCAUGUGUCGGCGUGUCCAUAUGUUUGUGCAUCUGUGCGUCAGUGUUGGUUGCCAGUGUGUGGACUGUGGUGAUCUUUCGUUCUGUGUUGUAACGUCGCACAUUCAACUUCAAACUCCUUUCGUUUUGCGUUCAAUGAAGAUAGGUCUGCAUUGCUAGGCAAUGCGUAGCUUCAUUUCUUAAUUGUUUCGCGUGUCACUGAAUUCCAGCCUGUGGUCUACCCCGACCCAAGCAUCGACAGCUUGCUGUCACCAGAACUCACCUGAAAUCUCUGGAGCUUCUCAUGGCCGAAUGGUUAACUUUCCGCUGUUGUUAGUCACAACAUUAUUCAACCCGGUCUUGGUUUCUUGUGGCUUUUUUUCGUUCCUGCGUUAAGGUAUUGGGAAUUACUUGUACAUCACCGCUUGGAGCGGAUAUUCGUGGGUAUAUGUGCAAUACAGCUCGUUAUUUCAGCUCUGAAUAGGCAUGGGGCCGUUCAAUGUUUACUUGAUGUCGUGGUCGAUAUAUUUUCGCACAAGGUGAAGGCAAAGCAUAAAGCUAUUUUGUUUUUUUUCAUAUGAAUCCUAAUUAGUGAGAAAUUAGACAUUUUGGAUAUUUAUUAUUUGGAAUCAAUGUUGGCUGUUAUUCGUGUAUAAAUAAAAUAU